GAGGCUUGCCGGCACCGGAAAAGUCCCGAAGAGUCGGGAUCGGCCGCAUGCCGCCUGUUAGCGCCAUAUAGCUCCAUUGGACCACCUCCCUUAGUUCUUUCUCCUUCAUCGUUUGCUUCGCUCUCUGUAUACGCACAAAAAUGCCUCUUACUCCCACCGUGUACUGGGCUCAACGCAGCGACAAGCUCUAUCUCACGAUAGACGUCCAGGACGUGAAGAAGCACGAAAUUAAGCUUGAGGACAGCAAGCUGUCGCUCAAAGGCUUCACGGGCGACGACGACGGCAAGGAGUAUGUGCUCGAGAUCGAGUUCUGCGAGACCGUGGAUGCCGAGAACCCGGAGAGCAAGGUCAGCGUAUCGCCUCGUAACAUCUUCGCGAUCAUUAUGAAGAAGGAUCUGGGGCACUGGCCGCGCCUCACGAAGGCGAAGCUUCCUCUCACGCACAUCAAGGCAGAUUGGGACAAGUGGGUGGACGAGGACGAGGAGGCUGAGAAGCCGGAGGCGGACUACAGCGGCAUGGACUUCAGCCAGCUCGGCGGCAUGGGAGGAAUGGGAGGAAUGGGCGGCAUGAUGGGCGGGAUGGGCGGGAUGGGAGGCAUGAUGGGCGGGAUGGGAGGUAUGGGCGGCAUGGCCGGCCUGGAGGGCAUGCUGGGCGGGAUGGGUGGCAUGGGCGGCAUGGGCGGGAUGGAUUUCUCGAAGUUUGACGGGGCGGAGGGUGAGGGCGAGGGUGAGGGCGAGGGCGAGGAGGACUCGGAUAACGAGGAGCUGCCCGACCUCGUCAAGCCCUAAGCUCGCCGCGGGCGGACAUGGAAGGAAGCCGCGUCGCGGCCGUCGCUGCGGAGGGCGGCACUGAUUGAAUGGAGGUGGUUGGCAAAGGAGAGACACCAAGCAGGUUAUCGUAGGGAGGGAAAGGGUGGUAAGGAGGACGGGAUGGGGAAGCAGGGCUGCGGAUAAUGCAGUGUUGCGCUCGGGCACUUGACGUCGGGCGUGCAUGUAGCCGUGGCUGGUUGUCACAUGGAGUUGUGUUUUGUUGGCCAGCACCAAAAGACUUGUGGAGCCGUUGAGCGCUUGUGUCCCCACUGGGCAUGACUGUUGAGCGUGUGUGGAGGUCAUGUGUCCAUGGCUCGAAGAGAUUUGAGGGCGUAGCCGUGGCAGUUCCCGGAUCUGAGUGACUGUGAACUCGCAGGAGCAGACACGCACACAUAGUUUAGCUAGCUGCGCCAAUGCUCAGGUGCGGCGAAGUCAACUCAUGCUGAUUGCAGGGUUGCUGUAGCGUUGGGUGGCAACAACGUGCAGGUUUCUUGCGGGCGGAGUGAGGGCUGCUGGUAGGAGCACCCUGAGUGAAGGCUGCUGGUAGGACCACCGUGAACGCACGGAGAGUGCGCGGGCCUAUGCAUGGCGGUUGCCGGUGUAUGUUGCCCGGUGUUGCCGGGCACACAUGUAACGGCAUGCACCAUGCUUGCUUUCAUACUCGUGCAGCAGUCAAGCUCCUGGUGGCAAACCAGCGGAAGAGGGGUCAGGGGCUCGGCACAGGUGGCAUGGAUGGUUGUCACGCCUCGCGCUCCGCCGUUGUCACUUUCACCGCGUUGACGAAAUGCCGAUAUGCACUUGUGCACGUCCUAAGGCAUGCGCUACGUAAGUUGACAAGGGUAAGCCCCGAUGUUGUACGGUACUUCAGCGCUGGCGGCACGCUGGGUCACUGGUGUCAAUGGUGGGCUACGGUAGGAUGGUAGGCGUCAAGGCGUGUAUGGUCUGAGCCGUCUGACACAAGCUUGCAGUAACAAGUUAACCACUAACGCACAACAGUGCAGGGACUGGCGCGGCUCCACACGGGGCAACGGGACAGGGCAGUAGGACUGUAGGACGUCGAAGCAAUACGGUAGCUCUAGAGAGCUUCACAGGGGAACUGACUUAAUCCUUUGUAAUUCU